AUGCAGCAGCACCGGCAGCCGGGCUUGGAGGUGGUCAUCCAGAGCAAUGGCACCGGCUCCCAUGCCUCCCAGCGGCUCCCGCGGCCACUUUCUGUGGAUGAAGCUUUGCAAUAUUCUCCUAUGACGAGUGCACCGGUGUUUGGACUUGACUCUGUCAUGCGUCCAGAUGUCGGCCGAACCUCACUUGCAGGAUGGUCCCGCCCCUACGAUAGCCAGGUUGCUGGAAGGAUCAUUGAUAGUUUGGACAAUGAGACACAAGCAAGCUCAGGAUCCAGCGAAUCUACCCGCCUUGAGACUGCUCGCGAGUAUCUUCAACAACUUCUGAGGCAAGACGACUUGACGGAAUUAUUCUACGGAUGCUACAUAUUCCUGUAUGUCAUUAUUAUCCUGUCCUAUUCCUUGCGUUUAACAUUUCCCUCUCUAGAUUCAACGCCGGUGACCCCAAAUCCGGUCAAACAGCGUCAAUCCUCAAAAGCGUUCCCUACUCCUCUUUCUUCCUCAAAGGCCCAGUACGCUAGCAAAAUUGAGGUCCAAGUCCGUCAACCAUCAGUAGCUGCAAGCCACUCAUCGGAAAAAUUGCCGAAGCCCAUGGUUAUAAUCCCAAGCCUAUCUCCGGCAACAAAAAUAGAUGACUUCAAAUAUAUCUCUGAUCUGGGAUCUGUGAAACGCCGAAAAGUGGAUUCUCAAAACGAAGAGAAACAAGACUCUUUGCCCCUUCGGGACCAGAAACAAAUGUCAGAUGCGGCUUUGGUUAAACUCCAAGCUCUCCUACAUGAGAUACUCGAAGCAGAAGAACAGCUGUUGCCAGAUGCGCCUUUGGAGAGCCAAGCAAGUGGCAAGUUCUUCAAAUUACCAAGCACCAUAGGGGAUAUUGGGUCCCGUUUUGUCGUCCGAGGCACAUUCGUUACUUUCAAAAGCCUUGCAAAAGGUGUCGGAUUAUCGGCGACUUGGAGAUAUUCCGACAGGCUACAUAAAACGUAUCCAAAAGCUCUGCGAAACUCCUAUUAUGUCAGCCCAGUCUGCCGAUUUCAGAUUAGGAAGUCCAGCAUCUGA